GGUUGCUGUGGAAGCCGCGGCUAUGGCGGCACCUGCUCCGGUGAGCAGUCGCACCGCCCAGCGCGACGAGCCUCCCGGCUCCACAGAGUCGUCGGAUACCGCCCGGACGCCCUUGCCCACCGUGUCCACCCUGUACCCCGAGCUACCUGUCUCGCCGGGACAGGGCGUGGAGCCUCCGGGCAAGAGCCUGUGGGAGCAGAUUUGCGAGGAGUAUGAAGCUGAGCUGCCUCCCUUUCCAGAUGGAUAUAAAGUCAAACAAGAAGCAAUGAUUACUGUUUCACCAUUAGAGGAAGCAGUUCUCCAUGGCUUCAAUACAGAGCACCUUUAUUCAGUUCCUCAUUUGACCAUGGACUCGCAUGUACCCUGUCCUCAAGUUCAGUUGGAAACAAUCGAUCCAAAAACAUGUUCCCCCAAGGAAUAUUUAGAAACAUUCAUCUUUCCAGUUCUGCUUCCUGGAAUGGCUAGCCUGCUUCACCAAGCAAAGAAAGAAAAAUGUUUCGAGAGAAAAAGAACCAAAUUCAUUGCCUGUAAUUUUCUGACCGAGUGGUUAUACAAUCAAAAUCCAAAGAGGAUAGGGGAGUCUUUCACAGAAUUCUUCUCCAUUCCAUUUGUGGAGCAGUGGCUGAAGCAUCACCCACGGCCGCCGAUCCCACUCUCCCUCCUGCUGACAGAAGAAGAGGCAGCGCUGAGCAUUCAAUCCUUCUGGAGAGCCUAUCUGGUUCGGUGUGAUCCUGAGAUUCAAGAGUUGCGUCAGUGGCAAAAGAAACUGCGUGAAGACAAGCACAUGCGCCAGCGAGUCAAGAUUUUCUGGGCCAAACAAGAACAGAAAGUGAAAUGCAAAAUGGAGGAUGAGGAGGAGGUUGUACCUAAGACUCCACCAUCUUAACCACCGGUGGGACCUUUCCCAAUUGGAGCUUCCAUGACCCUACAUGAGGAAAAUGUACAAAUUAUGCUUCCUCUCUUGAUUUUUUAAAGGAUAGAUUUGGUGCCUGUGAAUAUGGAAUUUUUUCUACACGAGAUAGGAUUUGUGGCAAACGUGCUUUAGUGCAUAUCAUUUAUCACAGGAGAGCACUCAUCUACUUCCUGCAUUAUCUCCAGAUUUUAUUCUUUUAUCCAGUAUUAUUUCUUCAGUACUUAAGGAAUAUUCUUCUACACUAAGUGUCAUUACAAUGUACAGUGAGCUCUAGUUCCAAGAGAUGGUGAAGUGCUAAUUUAGGUACCAGUUUCCCAUCUCUGGCUGCCUUUGGAAAGAUCGAUACUUAAAUUAAAGUCCCAAACUUCUGCAGUGGGUUUUAUCUGGUGAGUAUUCUUUUCAUAAAAAAGGCAUAUUGGCUACGACCAUUUCCAAAGGAGAUGGACUCUUAACUCUGAUUUCUGAUUGCAAAUCCAACAAGUUGAGACACUUAAGCCCAGACAACAAUAACAGACAAAGGUCUUUGGUUGUCAGGUCCCCAAAGUAUUAUGGAAAGCCCCCCAUUUGAUGGAAAAGCUAACUUAUUACCCUCAUUUGUUCUGCGGUUUGCUGUUAACCAGGGCUCUCCCGUUCAAAAUGCCACAGACUUAGCCUCCAGGCAGAUCCCAAAGCCAAGUAGUUACGCUGGGUUGUUUUGACAAGCUACCACACAUCUUAAGUAAAUAGUAAAGCUUUUAUUUUUGUGUUAAGAACAGCAUUUUGAAAAUAAAACCUAUCUGCCCAUGCUUUACAACCUUUAAA